CCUUUCAAAACAAAACAAACAGAAAAGGAAAAGAAAUACUGAUCCAAGACUUUUGAACAGUAGUGUAUAUUACUCAUAAAGUUAAUAAACAAAUAGUAUUAAGGGUUUUUAUUUUUAUUGUUUAUGGUAACAUGUUAGAUGUCCAAUGAAAGUGCUUUGGCUCCUGUCAGAUUUCCUCCUGGAUAAUGUUUCACUUGUUUGACACUGAAGGUAGAACUGUGCUCUGUAAAGUUAUUGAAUAUUUAGUGUCCUUGAGAAUAAUGGUGGAAAAUAAAGGGUAUCCUGUCUAACUGCUCUGCAGUCUGUGGUAAUGAUUUCCUGAUGACCGUGGCUUUGUUAUAAAGAAGACUGACAGAGUCAUGAGGUUUUGUUGCCAUGGCGUUAACCCCUGGUGGUGAGGCUGUUAGUUAAAGGGAAUAUGAGUGGCAGGUUGAAAAACAAACUAAUGAAAACCGAUGGGUGUUGAGUUGGGAAAUGUGUAAACUAACUUGUGUAUUUGAUUUCUUUGUGCUGCAUGCGGAUCUAACAGCAGGGUCUCAGGUCUGUCACUCCCUCUUAUGCGUAGUCAUUCAGUUCUUGUUGCUGAGGCUGAUGGGAAGGACAGUCACAUGCGUUUUGAGUAGCUUUAUCUUUCAGAUGAUGUAUCUGUUGAUGGGUUAUUACUACACAGCUACAGAGGAGUAUGAUAUCAAAUGGACCAUGCCUCAUUGUGUCCUAACGCUCAAACUCAUCGGUUUAGCACUCGAUUACUACGACGGUGGAAAAGAAGAAUCUCAGAUGAGUGCAGAACAGAAGAAAUCUGCCCUCAGCUCUACGCCAUCUAUUUUGGAGGUCUUUGGUUUCUCAUAUUUCUAUGGAGGCUUCCUGGUAGGGCCUCAGUUCACACUGCUAAGUUACCAGAAGCUGGUGUCUCGAGAGAUGUCCGAUGUCCCUGGACAACCACCCAGUAGUGUGGUUCCUGCACUGAAGCGAUUUGGUUUAGGUCUGAUCACCCUAUCAAUCUUCACGAUAGGUGGGGUGCACUACACAGAUAACUACUUCUUAACAGAUGAGUUUGAGGCACAUCCAUUCUGGUAUAAGUGUGUGUACAUCUUAGUGUGGGUGAAAAUAAACCUGUAUAAGUACAUCAGCUGCUGGCUAAUCACGGAAGGUGUGUGUGUACUCUCUGGGCUGGGCUACAAUGGGAAGAACGAAAAAGGGGAGCACCAAUGGGAUGCCUGCGCAAAUGUGAGGGUGUGGCUAUUUGAGACCACACCCCUCUUCACAGGCACCAUCAAUUCCUUCAACAUCAACACAAAUGCUUGGGUGGCCAGGCAUGUCUUUAAGAGGUUGAAGUUUUUGGGUAACAAGCUGUUAUCUCAAAUGUUCACAUUGUUUUUCCUGGCGAUCUGGCACGGCUUGCACUCGGGGUACCUCAUCUGCUUCUCCAUGGAGUUCAUCAUUGUCAAUGUGGAGAAGCAGGCCCAGUCACUGGUGCGGGACAGUCCUUUGCUGGCAUCUAUCGCUCAGAGUCAUCUGUAUCCACUUGUUUAUGUAGUACAGCAGUUAAUUCACUGGCUGUUUAUGGGAUACCCUCUGAUCCCAUUCUGCCUCUUCACUUACGACAAGUGGCUCAAGGUUUACUCCUCUAUAUAUUUCUGUGGACACAUAUUUUUCUUCAUUGCCUUUCUUGUCCUGCCAUACCUCCGCAAGGUGUUCGUGCCUCGAAAAAGAGGCAAUGAGAAGAAGGAGGAUUAAUUAAAAUGGUUUGUUUGCAGCUGUCUAAGUUUGACUGAAGUGAACUGUGACUUUUAAAGAGCACCUGAAGAGGACAAAUUUUAAGGCCUUUAGUAAUAUAUUACUAUUUACAUACAGCACUGAUGGAUGUGUACAAUUAUUAGUCCGAUGGAAGGAUUUUCUCAUUCUUUGGGAGUUGUGGUGGACUAUAAUGAAGGUUGAAAGCUACAGAAACACAAGCUUUUCUAUGGUUCAUUGUUUGUUAAAUAAGAUUUACUGAUGUUUGGUGGCUCGAAAUAGUUAUACUGUAUCUCAUACCAUUGCACUCAUUACUCAGUAAUGAUCUCAUUUCCUGUUUCCGGUCUCGUCAGAGAACUGGCAUUUUGCUGAUGGAAACAAAUGAGAUGUAUUGUUUUCCUUUGCUAGGAAUAUCUCAACCUCACUUUCCCUUAAAAAGACAUUGAAAUGUGAAACAAACAAAAGAGUGAAUGGUGACACAGCAUCGCCUGGCAUUGUAAAAAUGAAUGUUUUUCAUUUUUAUAAAUUUUCUUUUUUUUUUUUUUUUUUUUUUUGAUCAGACAACUUUAGAUGGGGAUUUUUCUUUUUUUUUUUGGGAAUGGGUUUUAUGGUAACUACUUUUUUUUUUUUUUAAAUAGCUUUUUUGACACUUUAAUAAAAGGAUCAUCAUUCUGUCAUCUCAUACUCUCACUCCAUUUAACACAGUCUGUUUAUCCAUCUGACACUUUCCUGUUCACAGCAUUUUCUCCAGAAAAUAUUUUUUGUCCAGUGUGUGAGCACCAUCAAAACAGAAACCAGAGUAACAUUAACACUACUAACCAGAAUCAUGAAUAUGAUGGUAAAUUUGUGUCAGUAUUAUUAAGAGCAGAGUAUUUAAAUUAUAACAAGUAGUUUAGUGAGCAGUCAACUCAGCUGUGCACACUAAUGGCUAAAAACUGCUGUGUUAUGCUGUGUAAAAUCUUUAAAAAGUGUCAGUGUGUAUUUUUCAUUACAUAUCAGGAUUGUUUUUUCUUUGCGAUCUGCUCUCAGUAACUCUUAUGCAUAUUUGCCUUCAUAUCUGUUUUGUAUGUCAUGACAUAUUGAAGAUCCUUGGCACAAAUACAGGCCUCCAUCACUCUUCAGUGAGGGCUAAAACCUGCACCCAGAUUCAAUCCAAGGGAGCAGAGGCUCACUGUAGCAUCAGAGUUGAGUUGUUUUAUAAUAUUUAUACAUGUGGUUGCAAAUAUUAUUGAUGUAAAAAUUGUUUUUGGGAACAACUACUUCUGCCUUACUGCUACCAAAUGUACAAAAAAAAAAGUGAGCGAGAGAGAAAAAAAUAACUUUUAAAUAAAGCCGUUUUUGUAAUAUUCAUUAAAAAUGCUGGAUUUUAA